GCCAUUUGAUUAGUUUACACCCGACCGUUGUGGAGGUGAGUUCGUGUUUUGUUAUACCAUAUUUUCACGAGCUACAGUUGUGAAGACAACGUCGCAGAACUCUAUUCUAACUUAACCGGUUUUUUUUGCGAAGAGUGUGUUGUGUUUUCAGCUGAUUUUAUGAGUAGUGGUGAUGAGUUGAGUGUGAUAAAAAGUGAAUUCGUCAUGGUGUUUCAAGCGAAAUCAAAGUGCUGUUGGUUUUGGAGAUAAUUCUUUGGAUUAGUUGGUAGUGUGACAGAAAUAAUAGAGUAGAAAAGAAAGUAUCCGGGAGUUGAGUGAAAAAAUAUUCACAAUAAUUAAGUGGAUAAUAUUGAACGGAGCAAGAGUUGGUGGUAAUUUAAUAUAAAGAAGUAGAAGGUGGAGAAGGUGGAGGAUGUAUCCUAGUGCUGGCAUUAAUGCGGCAGCUGUGGCCGCGGCAGCUGCUGCGCGACACCCGGGCCCACCGCAGCCCGGCCAGCCGUUCAAGUUUACGGUGGGUGAUUCCUGCGACAGGAUUAAGGAGGAGUUUAAUUUUCUGCAGGCACAGUACCAUAACAUGAAACUGGAAUGCGAAAAAUUAGCCACUGAAAAAAUAGAAAUACAACGGCAUUAUGUCAUGUAUUACGAGAUGUCAUAUGGACUCAACGUCGAAAUGCACAAACAGACGGAAAUAUCGAAGAGACUGAAUGCAAUAAUAGUUCAAAUCUUGCCAUUCCUCUCUCAGGAGCAUCAACAACAGGUUUUAACAGCGGUAGACAGAGCUAAACAGGUUACGAUGACAGAGCUUAAUUCUAUAGUUGGGCAACAGAGACCUGACAUACCAAGACUGCUUCAGCAAAUGCAUGCACAACAAUUACCACCAGGUGCAGCAAUAGGUCCACAUCCUGGAUUACCUGGUCUACCAGGACUUGGACCUGCUGGUGGACUUCAAGUUCCUACUUCUGCUUCAGCCGCACUUCUGGGUCUUGGACUUACUCCUGGUGUAGCUACAACAGCUGGUACUAAUUCGACACAUCCACUUUCUAUGCUUGGCAAGCCGGAAAUCCAUCGUGGCCAGCCAGAUGAUCUGAAAAGCAAUGGAGGGUUGAGUUCGACAGAGGAACGACAUCGAAGUUCAAUAUCCCCUGGUGAUAAAUAUAGUAGGCCUCGAACACCACAAGAUUCACAUCACAGUCAUCAUUCACAAAAUCAUCAUGAUCAUCCUAUGCAUAUUAAAAAAAUGAAGAAAGAAGAUAAAGAUAUUGGACAUAGUGAUGGUGAAAAGAGUGAUCAAGACUUGGUUGUUGAUGAUGCAAGUGAAGGGCCAACAAGCCCAGCCGUAAAUGGAACCUCAUCUCCACGUGAAAAUGGUUUAGACAAAGUUUCCUCUCUAAACUCAAACGUUCAAGUGAAGAAAGAUGUUCCACCCCAUUCACCACGAAGUGGAACCAGUAGUAACGCUAGUACACCAUCAGCUAAGAAGAUGGAAGAACGUGAGAAACCAACUACGCCAAUUUCCAAGCCAAUGACACCGACCUCAGCUAGUGGAGUGAAAGCUACAACUUCUAGUAAACUUCUACAAGGUCCACCACCCCCGGGAGUAGUAGGCGCAUAUCCACCUCACUAUCCUCCGGGACCUCCACCACAUCAUCUGCCUCCACCUCAUGUCGACAUGAUGGGAUACAAUGGAUAUGCGGCACCUCGGGGACCGCCUUCACUUCAACAACUGUAUGAUCCUCAUAAUGCCAUGAGGGCACCCGCAGGCACUAUCGGAGUGCCUGGUGGUAAACCAGCCUACAGCUUUCAUGUGCCAAGUGAAGGGCAAAUGCAACCCGUGCCAUUUCCACCUGAUGCGCUUAUCGGACCAGGAAUACCAAGACACGCGCGUCAGAUAAAUACACUUACUCAUGGCGAGGUCGUAUGUGCUGUGACAAUCUCCAAUCCUACUAAGUAUGUGUACACAGGUGGCAAGGGUUGCGUCAAAGUCUGGGACAUUGGUCAAGGGGCAGCUGGAAGUGCUAAACCAGUUUCACAACUCGACUGUCUCCAACGCGACAACUACAUUAGAUCAGUGAAGUUACUACCAGAUGGUAGAACACUUAUUGUUGGCGGUGAAGCAAGUCAACUUAGUAUCUGGGAUCUCGCGAGUCCAACUCCAAGAAUCAAAGCAGAGCUCACAUCCGCGGCACCCGCCUGUUAUGCUUUGGCUAUCUCACCAGACUCCAAAGUUUGCUUCAGUUGCUGCAGUGAUGGUCACAUCGCUGUCUGGGAUCUCCAAAAUCAAACACUAGUGAGGCAGUUCCAAGGACAUACUGAUGGUGCGUCGUGCAUUGACAUCUCUGCUGAUGGAUCUAAACUCUGGACUGGCGGCCUUGACAAUACUGUCAGGUCUUGGGAUUUGAGGGAAGGCAGACAACUCCAACAACAUGAUUUUACAUCACAAAUCUUCUCUCUUGGCUAUUGUCCAACUGGUGAAUGGCUUGCAGUAGGCAUGGAGAACUCUAAUGUCGAAGUAUUACAUGCCACCAAGCCCGACAAGUAUCAAUUACAUCUUCAUGAAUCCUGUGUGCUAUCAUUGAGAUUCGCAUCCUGUGGAAAAUGGUUCGUUUCAACUGGCAAAGACAAUCUACUCAAUGCUUGGCGCACACCCUACGGUGCCUCGAUAUUCCAAUCGAAAGAGUCAUCAUCAGUAUUGAGCUGUGACAUUUCUGCUGAUGAUAAAUACAUUGUUACUGGCUCUGGUGACAAGAAAGCGACAGUAUAUGAAGUAAUGUACUAGUAACAAUCAUAGAAGAUUACUUUUAAUUCAAAAAAAAUAUGCAAAAAAUGAGAGACUAUUAUUUACAUUUAUUUUUAUUGUACAUAUAAUUAUUAGUGUUACGUUUAUUAACUUUGUUAUUGUUAUUGCUGAAGUGUCAAUAAGUAA